UCCCCCCUGGGGAGGAGGGGAGGAGCCUGUUGAGACCAGCGCUCAACUACCUCUGGCUGCCGUCUGUGCACAACCCUGAGCCGUGCACGGGGAGGCAAGACCAUGUCCAUUGGAUGUGGGACCCUCGCGAGUCCUGCCGCCCUCUGCACCGGGACCAGGGCUGCUUCGCGCUCCAACGGGAAGCAGCACACCUUGCCAGUCAGUCCCGCGCACUCGGCCAUCAAGUCCAAGGACGUCAAGGAGCACUGGGGCCCGAACCAGCCCACAAAGUCGACUAGCCGGCUUUGGGGGUCCACCCGACAGACCAGCUACGGCGGCGAGGAGCGUCCAGACGAGCAGCCCGACCAUUGGCUCCAUGGUGACUACUGGAACGUGGACAGCAACAUUCGCAAAUGGACCACGCACCAGGUGAAGAGAAACAUGGCCUCUGCGAACCACGACGUGCACCGGCAAGACCAGGUCAGGCGCAUCCUGAUGACGCCUCACCCGCACCACAGCGCGAAGCACCAGCGCAUACCAGUGCGGCAGUGCGUCAGCGGUGUGGUGUCCCCGGACUGCUGCUUCCUGGAGACCUGGGGGUUUGACCUCGGGAUGAGGGACAGGCAGGGCGUACCGAUCACCUCCAAGAUCUGGAGGCCCCCGGGCGGCGGCGCCGCCCCCGAGCACUUCCGCUCGCUGCGGAGCUACGACCGGAACGUGGAGAGGAUGACCGAGAGCUUUAGGAGCCUUCGCAAGGCCGCCUCUCUCAGCAGCCUGGCCCGAGUCAACGCGGAGCACUUCGAGAUCAACACCCUGCUGAAGCCCGAGGACAUCAGCGGCGACGAGGGCGUCGGCGGGGGGGUGUUCCAGGAGCAGCCGGUGGAGAGCAGGGGCGUGAACCACGGCACGCGCUGCUGCUACGGCUGGGACGACCACGGCCACGCGGUCCGCCGGGAGGGGGCGAAGAUGUCGCACAGCAUCCACUCCCACGCCGUGCGGGCUCACAGCGACUUCCCCUACAUCGACGGCCGGCUGGCGCCGGCGUCUAUCUACCGCCGCAACCACGGCAGCAGCCAGGCGGAGGCCUGAGGCCAUCGACGGCCGUCUGCCGCCGGCGCCUACCUACCGCCGCAGCCACGGCAUCCGCCAGGCGGAGGCCUGAGGCCACCGCCGACGUGUACCAGUAACGCACCGCCGCGACCUUUUUUGUUGCACCGCCGCGGCCGGGCAGAGGCCCGAGGCCCUGCCUCCCCGGUCGACGGGGCGAAGCGCCGCGGCCCAGACUGCCGCUCGGGCGCUCCCUGCGCGGGGGCUCUCUCCGAGGGCGUCUCCGUGCGCGCGGCGAGCUCCGCGGUGGAGGCCAGGAAAAUGCGCGCGGCCGAGCAGUCAUUGGUCAUGUUCAGCUUCUCGACACCUCUUUCGGGCUCCGGGGCCGUCAGCAAAGACGCCCCCCCGGGAAGCCAAGUCGCGACGCUGGAGCCCC